UUUGCUUCUAGUUGAACACAGUUGAAGGCGCGAUAGGCACUGCAUCGUUCUGGCAGCCCUGCAAAUAGAAUUUGAAGGCAUUUGAAGUUAGACUUGAUCGUCAGCUGGACAAGAAUUGCUGAAGAAUGACGUCGAGGUGCCCCAGAUGCACAAAUGAUGUGUUUUUUGCUGAGAAGGUGAGCUCGCUGGGGAAAAACUGGCACCGGUUCUGCCUGAAAUGCGAACGCUGUAACAAGACCCUGUCGGCUGGCAACCAUGCUGAGCAUGAUGGGCUGCCCUACUGUCACAAACCAUGCUAUGGAACUCUCUUCGGACCCAAAGGUGUGAACAUCGGAGGGGCAGGCUGCUACAUCUACGACACUCCUCAACCGACCUUUGACAGCCCCUCAGAAGGAUCCCCCACCACACCAUGGACCACCGUGCAGGUCACCCGGAACCAACCCAAAGUUCCUCCCCCUCAGACCAGGAUGUUUGCUGGAGAGACCUCACUCUGUCCUGGCUGUGGAAAAGUGGUCUAUUUUGCAGAGAAGGUGAUGUCCCUGGGUAGGAACUGGCACCGACCAUGCCUGCGCUGUGAGAGGUGUAAGAAGACACUGACCUCUGGUGGACAUGCUGAGCAUGAAGGGAUACCUUACUGCCACGUCCCUUGCUACGGCAUCCUGUAUGGACCAAAAGGAGUGAACAUCGGCAAGGUGGGCUGUUACAUCUAUGAGAAAGAAGACAUGGAGCAAACUGAAAUACCCAGCCAGUCCUAACCACACACUGAAAGUGAGAUGAAUGGGGUUUCGGUUUGAUUGGGGUAAUUUCAGUGACUGAACUGAGUGACUGAAAUUACUGAAUUGAGUGACUGAAGUUAUUCAGUGACUGAAUUGACAGGUAUUGCGAUGAAACCAACCACACGCUUGCUGAUAAACAUGGUUGUAUUUUUGUGUGUAUUUUUUACAUAUUGUUUGUAUAAUGUUUAAGAGUAUUUAGGCCUCCCAAGUGGCGCAGCGGUCUAAGGCACUGCAUCGCAGUGCUUGAGGUGUCACUACAGACCAGGGUUCGA